AUGACCAAUCCUCAGCCUACAAUUGAAGGUGGUGUUUCUGAAGUUGAGAUAAUUUCCCAACAAGUUGAAGAAGAGACCAAAAGCAUUGCUCCUGUGCAGCUUGUUAAUUUUGCUUAUCGAGAUCUGCCUUUAGCUGCCCUUGAUCUGUCUGUGGCUGGGUCCCAGCUUUUGUCAAAUUUGGAUGAGGAGUACCAAAGAGAAGGAUCUAACUGGCUAAAACCGUGCUGUGGGAGACGAGCAGCUGUGUGGCAGGUAUUUUUGCUCAGUGCAAGUCUCAACAGUUUCCUGGUAGCCUGUGUAGUAUUGGUGGUGAUUCUUCUGACUCUGGAACUCCUAAUAGAUAUAAAGCUUCUCCAGUUUUCAAGUGCUUCCCAGUUUGCAGGAGUAAUUCACUGGAUCAGCCUAGUCAUCCUCUCUGUUUUCUUUUCAGAGACUAUUUUGAGGAUUGUGGUCCUUGGCAUAUGGGAUUACAUUGAAAACAAAAUAGAGGUGUUUGAUGGUGCUGUCAUCAUCUUGUCCUUGGCACCAAUGGUGGCCUCCACAGUGGCCAACGGCCCCAGCAGCCCCUGGGAUGCCAUCAGCCUUAUCAUCACACUGCGCGUAUGGAGAGUGAAGAGGAUCAUUGAUGCGUAUGUCCUUCCAGUGAAAGUGGAGAUGGAGAUGAUGAUUCAGCAAUAUGAGAAGGCAAAAGUUAUUCAAGAUGAGCAGCUGGAAAGACUAACCCAAAUCUGCCAAGAACAAGGGUUUGAAAUCAGGCAGCUGAGGGCCCACCUUGCCCAGCAGGAUUUGGACCUGGCUGCAGAGAGAGAGGCUGCGCUGCAGGUCCCUCAUGUGCUGAACAAACAGAGCAGCAAGAGGUACAAGGUGGUGGCCACCGAAGACUCGGACGACGAAGCCACCGAGAGCAUCACUGAGCUGCACCCUGCACGAGAGGAUGACAUGAACAAUUACAUCAGUCGAUACUACAAUGAGCCCAGCAGUGACAGCGGAGUCCCCGAGGCCAUCUGCGUGGUGACCACGGCCGCCAUCGACGUGCACCGGCCCAACAUCUCGUCGGAGCUGUUCACGGUGGAGGUGCCCCUGCGCCUGGGCAGCACCGGGACCUCUGCCAGCCUCACUUCGGGCAGCGCCUCGCGCUCCACCGUCAGCUCGGGCACGCGGGGCUGCAGCGAGAGCAGCCAGACGCUGGGCUCCUCCCCGGACUGCAGCGCGGCCUGCGAGGAACCGGCCCAGGCGGGCCCGGGCCCGCGGGCCGAGCUGGGCCCCGGCAGGCCGGGCGUGCCUCACACCGUUGUGCAGGAGCUGCUCUCGUCCCUGUCCGAAGAGGCGUGCUUAGCGCAGAAGGGGCUGGAUCCUGUCAAUCUGAAGCUGUCCAGCCCAGCCGGCUCGGUGGGGGCCAGCCCCGACCUGGGCCACCGGCUCAGUGUCUACAACCGCAGGAACCAGGAGAGUCUUGAUGUCUUCCAGCUCAAGCCACUCCUCGACUGCCCCCAGGGUGCCCCAAUGAUUGAGGAGAAGUAUGGGGCGCUGGGGCCCCCAGAGCCACGGCUGGGCAGGGUUCCUGAGGCAUAGAACUAA